AUGGAGUACGUGACUGCCGAGCAGCUGGCCGGUUUCGGCAAGUACAAGUACAGUGCAGUGGACAGCAACCCCCUGUCUCUGUACGUCAUGCAUCCCUUCUGGAACACGAUAGUAAAGAUCUUCCCUACCUGGCUGGCCCCAAAUUUGAUAACGUUUUCUGGCUUCCUGCUGCUUGUCUUCAACUUCUUCCUCAUGGCAUACUUCGACCCUGACUUUUAUGCUUCUGCUCCUGAUCACCAGCAUGUUCCGAACGGAGUGUGGGUCGUUGUGGGUCUCCUCAACUUCAUUGCCUAUACAUUAGAUGGCGUUGACGGGAAACAGGCUCGCCGGACCAACUCCAGCACGCCCCUGGGAGAGCUCUUUGAUCACGGCCUGGACAGCUGGGCAUGCGUGUACUUUGUCGUGACAGUCUACUCCACCUUUGGACGGGGCUCCACGGGUGUCAGUGUCUUCGUUCUCUACCUCCUCUUAUGGGUGGUCUUGUUUUCAUUCAUCCUCUCCCACUGGGAGAAGUAUAACACAGGGAUUCUCUUCCUCCCCUGGGGAUAUGACAUCAGCCAGGUGACCAUUUCAAUUGUCUACAUAGUGACAGCCAUUGUGGGAGUUGAGGCCUGGUAUGCACCUUUCCUGUUUAAUUUCUUAUAUAGAGACCUAUUCACUGCAAUGAUUAUUGCUUGCGCGCUCACUGUGACGCUGCCGAUGAGCCUCUAUAACUUCUACAAGGCCUAUAAAAAUAACACCUUGAAGCACCACUCUGUGUAUGAAAUCAUGCUGCCACUGGUAUCCCCGGUGUUGCUCUUCCUGCUCUGCACCACGUGGAUCUUCAUGUCCCCGACAGACAUCCUGGAGGUCCAUCCCAGGCUCUUCUAUUUCAUGGUUGGAACAGCCUUCGCUAACAUUUCUUGCCAACUGAUCGUCUGUCAGAUGAGCAGCACACGCUGCCAACCUCUGAACUGGAUGCUGCUCCCCAUAGCGGCGGUGCUCUUCGUGGUGAUGUCCGGGUUCGCGCCGAACAGCGAAACGCUUCUCCUCUACUUGUUAACUGCUUUCCUCACCCUGGCGCACAUCCACUACGGAGUGGUCGUGGUGAGCCAGCUGAGCAGGCACUUCAAUAUACGGCCCUUCUCGCUAAAGAAGCCCACGCCAGAUUGACUAGGAGUGGAGGAAGAGAAAAUCAGCUUGCGGUCUGCAGAAGUACUGUAAAUAACUGCUGCAAAUACCUGUAAAUACUUCAACCAUCACCACAGAUCUAAACCUAUCCUCUGGACAGACAUCAGGGCAAAGUACGCACGGUAUCCGGUGCAGCCAGGGCAGGACUGGUACGGGGCAGCCCCCGCCGCUGUUUGACGAACGCAAGCUUUCGGUUUUGGGUGAAACUGGACGAGGAGGGUAGCCUUUCAGGUCGCUAUUACUGUAUAUUAGACCAGCUGAAUGUUCCCAGUGAAACCUCAAACUCCAGCUUUUGCUCAGGUAAAGCUGGUUGGGGAUGCAAAUGGCUUCACCGGAGCGAAGCAUCUUGACCUGUCAUCAAAACCAACAUAACAGCUGAUUUCUGCAAGGUCAGGGGAACAUCCUGGUGGUCGAGGGAGUUCCUGUCUGUCCCUAAUCCUGCUAGACAGCCCUUGUCCUGGGCUGGUACUUAGGGAGCAGAUGGUGACAGUUCUCCCACAUUCUGUCCUGCCUUCCUGCAUUCACCUAUUUGGGCAAAUACUUGCACCUCUUUUUUUUUUUUUCUUUUUUCUUUUUUUUUAAGAGGGGAAAAAAAGAACAACACACAAAACUUCUAGUAAUAUUCUACUUGGGGGGCUUAGAAAAUCAGGGCUCGAUUUCCCGUAAAACUGGGAAGGCAGCUUCUGUCUCCCCUGCUCGAGCCGUGGGUACCUGGGACCACAUCUUGACCGUGUUCCUGCCUGUCCGUGUGUGUUCCCCGCCUGGGAGUGGGGUCUGGGCUUCGAUCGGCAGCAGAAAGUGGCUUACGCCAGCCUGUCUAACUCUCCCCUCUUCCUACCAGUAUGAACUUGCUGUUUGAGGUCGGCUCUGCUGGGUCGUUGCGUGCUGCCUGAGCCGCCUCUUUUGUAGCAGCGCAGCUAGGCUCAGUCUGCACAUCGCCCUUCCCACCAGACCAUCGACGGCAGCAAAUCCACUGCUUAGAGAAGCACCUUAAUAAGUGUUGUGUUGGUUGCGUGUGCACUUUCAGAAAGCUCACAGGCGUGUGUGUGGUGGGGUCCUUUCCAAAUAUCCCUUUGUUUUUUCGAAACCAGUGUCCUCAGCGGCUGCAUGUCUCAUCCAGGGAUAUAUUUGUUUACUGUCCAUUUGUAAAAGACAUGUUUGCAUUGAUUUUUUUUUUAAUUUGUUUUUGUAAUUUAGUUAGAGUGAGGUGGUGAAGACUGAAUGCUGAUUUUCUUUUCUGUUCACUUUAUUUAAUGAAGACCUGUGCUUGAAUGAAGAGUGUAGCUUAAACCCAGGCUCUGGAAAGGCUGCAUCCGGAAGUGAACAAGCACAGCAGAUUGUGCAUAUGUAAUCUACCAUGGGAACAAAGUCGCUUAUACACUGAUUAUUGUGCAACGUGGUUCGUAGAAGCUUGAUCACAGCCUUUUCCUUCUGCAGGUGAAGACUCCUCCUGCUUUAGGAAACCUUCAAACUGUAACUACUAUUUAAUGCUUUUUCUUUUGUAAAUUUGAAUCAUUGUCAUGCAGACCGUGAGACUUGAAACCCGGAGGCAAGCUCACGCGUUGGCUGCGUGCGGGGCGCGACGUCAGGGUUGCUCGGUCACGGUACGCCCUGCGAGGAGCGAGCUGGGGCGUUCAUCUGGGCUGACAUGGUGGGAGGGCUCGGCUGAGCGUCUGUAUGCUCAUGUGUCUGUACGGCUGUGGCGUGUCUGGGAAGGGUGGCUAGUCUGGGAGAGGGGGGCAAAUGAUUUUCAGAGUUUAUUUAAUAAAGUAGCUUGCUCCUAUAUAUUUUACUGACGCUGUACAGAAAAAAAAAAAAAACCCUAAGCAUACAAAUGGAACGGGGCUGCGCUUGAAUUUUUGGCUCUUGCUAUUUAAUGAAAUAUAAUUAUGAAGGGAGAUAAAUUUAAGUCACGCUCGCACAAGAAUUACAGGGAAUCUUACAGUGGGACACAACACUUCUCUGAACACGUCCCAUAGAUAGCAAAAUUGUGCUAGCAGCACUGACAAAAAGUGGAGGUUGGAUGAUUUACUUUCUAGUUAUGUGUUUGCACGACCCAGGAAUAACUGACCUGUUCCCUCAGGCUUUCAGCUGAGCUCUGGGCUCCCAAGCCUGGAGCUUGCGUUGUCCUGUCUCUUCCCACUAGUGUUGCUGGGCCCUGAAGACUGGGCCAGUGCUAGUGCUGUGAGAAGUUGUCUGAUCUUAAAUCUUAGGAUGUCACUUUGUCUCCGUAAUACACUGUUUGUUGUCUCACCGAGCUGUGGGCAGGUGUGCUUUUGCAGCACGUAAUAUACCCUGAAAAACCCCUUUGUGAAGUUACAAACAUGUGGAAGCAGGGCUUCCUCUCUAAAAUCCUGCAAAUAUUUGUCGUGCUGUAGGAGAAAGAUCUCUCUUAAAAACUGGAACCACUUCCUAUCUGCGCAGGCUUUAUCUUUGGGGAGUCCUGGAUUUUUGGUGCCUUAAUUUAUUGCACCUUGAAACUAGAAACAUGUCUCCUUAAAUCAGUGCUGGAAAACAGGCUUGCUUGUGCUGCGGGCUUGUGGCAGAGCGAGGAGAGAGCAGACCUGAUCUCGGUGCACAUGCGACUGUUCCUGACUCGUGCUGCUGCGAAGCUGGGGGGGGCGAGUUUCUCUUUGGGCUGUUAGAAAUUAAGUGAUUCCUGCUCCCAGAUUCUGGGAGGAGUGGAAACGAACAGAAAGACCAAACCAUCUUGGCCGUGGUGGGGUGUGGCAUGCUAAGAAACAAACUAUUUAUUACUAAUAAUGGUUUGAAGUCUUAAGAAUAAAUGUAUUCCUCUGAGGGUAAUUGUUUUACGGUGGUGGUUGCUUGCCUUGCUGCCUAGACUCCGUCCUUGCGGCGAGGUGUGCUCCUUGGGACGGGACAGGGUUGUGCGCAGGCUGGGUAGGACGUGCGCUCACUCCUCAGCUCCUCCUGUCUGGUAUUUGAGAGCUGAUCUGUGUUGUCCCUUCUUCCAAGGAUAGUGUUAAUCAUAUUUUCUUAAUUACUGAUGGACCUGCUGCGUUGGUAACAGGACUGUCUUACGCUUUCCUAAAUCUGUUUUGCACAUUUUUAUCUCUAAUAACAGAGUAUUACCAGGAAAAAACCUGUUCAGGGAGGGGUGCAGAUGACCCUUUAAGACCCGCUGGGAUGUCAGUCGCCUGGCCUCGGGCUCCAGGCAGGUCCUUGUGUUGUGGGAAGAGGUGGCCGGCGCUGCCAGCUCCUCCUGGUCCUCGCCACGCUGCGGCCGGUCAGCCUUUGCUCCGAAGCAGGUUUUUGGACACGCCAGCAUGUCGCCACAGGACUUGCGUAGCCGAGGCAGAGAGGCGGCCUCGCUUGCAGCCUGUUUUCAUCUCGGUCUUGUGGUUCGUAUCACAGCUCCUGCCUCUGUGCCCAUCCAGGGACCUAGCGUAGGAAUUCACAAGCGGAGCCGGGGCUGAGGGUGAAGUGCAGGGUUUGGGACCUCCUGGGGUUUGGGUUAAAACUGGCUGUCGCGCUAAGCGCAGCGUUUUAGAAGUACAAACGCUGCGGCUGACCUGUGGGUGUACAAACGCUAGGAAAACCAAGCGCUGUGGUUGUAGCUUGUUCCUUCCUUCGGUGCUGCAAGUAACUCCUCUCUUCUGCGGUCGGUCGCUGCAAGGGCUCGGCAGCAGUCUCUGCUCUCGUAAACAUCAGCCACCUGAUACAGGCGGCUUUGCCAGAGCCAGGGGAGCAGAAUGUUGUAAGCAUGAGCUUCUAAGGCUCUGGAAACAUAUAUUUAAGCUCCUUAAAUAGAGCUGGCCUGAUGUUACCUCCCGGGUGCGUUGAGUACCUGCAGUUUGUAGUCCGAGAGCUGUUUUGAUCUCAGUCAGGUCAGUUCUAGCAAGGCCCCUAAGCUCUUCGCUGAGAGCAUCUGUGCCUGCUUGUGAUAGACCUGGAAAGUCUCUAGAGACUUAGUGCUUUUUGGAAACUAGCUCAGAUAUCUUUUUUUUGGGUGUUUUGGUUUGUUUUUUUUUCCAUAGACGGGUUCAA